AUGCGGGAACGUCACGCCCGGUUCAAAGGAACUGCCCGCCUGUCAAUAACCUCUCUUCGAUUCUCCGAGAACGGGGUGAGGGCAAUUAAUCAGAGGAAUAUAGAUCGGCUGGUGAACAUUUACCGGGUCCGGGGCUGCCUCAGGCGUGAGCGUGAGCACCGUAUACCAGCAUUAAUUGAGUCUAGUGCUUUGGCCACUGCCCUGGAGGUAUCCGGAGCUGUACCUGACACGCUACUCGGCUCUGAAGAUGAUCCACCACUGUUAGUAUUCCCGGAGGCCUCGGUCGAGUGCCUUCAUGGACAGCAUCGUAUCCUCGCAGCGAGCCGGUAUCUUGAAGAUAAUAACAGGUGGUGGGUGGUUGACCUAUAUGAUCAAGGGAGGUCUCUAGUCAUAGUGAUUAGUGGUGUGGCCAAUACUUACGCAAUAGAAUAGACUCUAGUAAGGCACUACGACAAUACUUCCGUGAUGGCUAUGCGGACUAUGAGCAAACGAGCGAUGGAGAGAUCUUUCGGAAACUACGCCUAUACAGCAGGUCUGGUCAGGUGGAACUGGAGAGGAACAUGUGGUGUCAACUCUCACCUAGUAAGCAAAGGGAUCUCAAGCAACUUCUUGCAAACGAGCCCCUGCGAACUGCGUUUGAUAACCUAUUGGACUGGCCUGGCCUCUGGCCUUCCAUGAAGCUGGGAACAUUUCAUAGGCUCCUUACAAUGAGGUGUGAUGAGGCGGGUAGCACUCUUCAUCUCUGAUAUAUUAUCUGCUGACUUCCUAGCAGGAGGCUGUACGAUAUCUUCAACACAUCCGAGAUGUUUGGAGACGUAUUUGUGUUGACCGUCCAGACAUCAUGGCUAGUACCGAUUCCAAAACUGUUGAUUUAGUCCAGUUGAGAGCACCAUGCGCUUCGAAGGUUGACCGGAAUCACAUUGAACUGGGAAUGGAUUCGAUGUUACUAUAUCCAGCAGUCAUAAAUAUUCAAGAUCGCUAUAGCAUUAGGGAAGGUAUCUGCCAGAUGCGACAGAUCCCAUCACUGUUUACGUUCUUUGAAGACCUGAUAUACCUAGAGUGUUGUUCAAAGGCGCUUCGUUCCCUAUUCGACUCCUCGCAAGGUACCAUACAUGAAUCUAUGUCUCAGCUCUAUACAAGGCAUAGUGCAACGGAUUGUCUCCUACCUAUACAACUACAGGAUGGCACAUUCAGGGAAUGCGCAGGUAAUGAUAUAGAUGGUCAGGAGUUCGGAUACCAGCAGCUCUGGCUGUAUGUCAUGCGGCACUUCCCCGAGAUGGUGCCAGCAACCCCAAGGAAGGAAAAUGGAAUUCCAAAGCCUAAGGUGAAGGAACCCGAUUCCAGGACCUGGUAUGGGUUUGCGGCACUGGCACAGCAUCUCGGGUUUGCAUCGGAGCAGAUAGCUGCGCUUCUCAUAACGGAUCCA